GUGGCCACGCAUACUGGGAGCUCUAGUUGUGUAACGCACGCCGAGCUAUAGAAUACAGAGCACUGGUGUAUCGCAACUGGAAGGGUUAAUUUCUGAUCGAAAUUGGCUUUGUACGGCAGGGGUUAAUAGUUUACGGGCCAUAGCGUGUGGGAGCGGCGAGGAAUAAAACCUUUGUUUUCCUAAAGUAAAUACAUCGAGUGAAAGAAGGCUCCUGUCCUCACCACUGGGGCAGGCCAUCCAACAGGGGACAAGCUGAAUACCUUAACCGUGGGUGGUCGGGGGCCACUGCUGGUCCAGGACAAUGUAUUUAUCGAUGAGAUGGCUCAUUUUGACCGGGAAAGGAUCCCUGAAAGAGUAGUGCAUGCUAAAGGAGCAGGAGCAUUUGGGUAUUUUGAAGUCACCCAUGACAUCACCCAAUAUACGAAAGCCAAAGUGUUUGACAGAAUUGGGAAGAAAACAGAAAUCGGCGUCAGGUUUUCCACUGUAGCUGGAGAAGCAGGUUCGGCUGAUACUGUCCGUGACCCUCGAGGGUUUGCAGUCAAGUUCUACACAGAAGAAGGAAUUUGGGAUCUUGUCGGCAACAACACCCCAAUAUUCUUCAUUCGGGACGCCAUUCUGUUUCCGUCCUUUAUACACAGUCAGAAAAGGAACCCGCAGACACAUCUGAAGGACCCUGAUAUGGUGUGGGACUUCUGGAGCCUGCGACCAGAGUCCCUGCAUCAGGUGACACUUCUGUUCAGCGAUCGCGGCAUCCCUAAUGGGUUCAGGUUUAUGAACGGGUACGGGUCUCACACCUUCAAACUGGUGAACGCCAAAAACGAAGCCGUGUAUUGUAAAUUCCAUUAUAAGACUGAUCAAGGCAUCAAGAAUCUAUCGGUAGAAGAAGCGGACAGGUUGGUGGUACAAGACCCCGAUUAUGCUAUCCGAGACCUAUUCCAGGCCAUUGCUAAGAAAGACUUUCCAUCAUGGACCAUGUACAUCCAGGUCAUGACGUUCCAGCAGGCCGAAGAAUGUUCCUUCAAUCCAUUUGACCUCACCAAGGUCUGGCCUCACAGCGAGUACCCCCUCAUCCCUGUGGGUAAACUGGUGCUUAACAGGAACCCCGAGAAUUACUUUGCAGAAGUGGAGCAGAUUGCCUUCGACCCCAGCAACAUGCCACCUGGGAUUGAGCCGAGCCCCGAUAAAAUGCUGCAGGGACGUCUCUUCUCCUACCCAGAUACCCACAGGCAUCGUCUUGGUACAAAUUAUUUGCACCUACCGGUGAACUGCCCUCGGAAGAUGGCCGCCGUCUCCAACUAUCAGCAGGAUGGUCCUAUGUGCAUCUUCAGUACUCCAAGUAAUGUCCCGAAUUAUUUCCCGAACAGCUUCACUUCUCCUCAGCACGAUCAAAAGUGCAAGGAAAGUGCGUUCUCCAUCUCGGGAUACGGAGACGUUGACCGCCAUGAUAGCAGCGCCGAAGACAACGUAUCUCAGGUGAGAGUCUUCUACAAGAAAACGCUAAAUAAAGAAGAACGGCAGAGACUGUGUGAAAACAUCGCCAUGCACCUGAAGGACGCUCAGAUCUUCAUCCAAGAAAGAGCAGUGAAAAAUUUCCGAGAGGUCCAUCCAGGCUUUGGUAAUCGUAUUCAAACUCUGCUGGACAAGCACAACCAGGCCUGUGGCAAGAAGGAACCGCUACAUAAUUACACUCGAUGCUCGUCCUGAAAGCGCAAAGAGACUGUGAAGAUUGUCCUAGGAUGAAAACUGGAAUCUCUCGACAUGACAAACAUAUGUUCUACUACGGGGAAUCUUUUCUGCUAUUCAACCAAAGAUGACUUCAUUUCCGCUAUUGUACAACACGUCCCAGGCUGCCGAUGCAGCCGCAGCUUCUUUUACUGGAUUUAAAUGGAAGAAUAAUUUUUAUUUCUUUAUUAUGAUUACAUUUCUUUUUUAUGCUUCUUUUUAUAUGCUCAAUGUAGAAAUGCAAGUUAUUUCCAUUAUCCUAGUAUGCGGUGUCUGUUAUAUCUAUAUAUGAGGUAUAUAUUGCUGUGACCUGUAUAUUUUACCAAUAAAUGUAGAGAUGUAGCAGAGCAGCUAAAUUCGCUAU